AUGAAUAGAUUUCCUCGCCAGCGUGAUCCACGCUCUUCGUCCUCCCUCUUUGACUCCUACGGUGGCGGCUCCCGCCCGGCGAGCAGGUCGCCCGCUCCGGCCGGUGGAUAUGGUUAUGGAGGCUAUUCUAGCCCAGCUGGGAACAACUAUGGAAAUGGCAGUGCCGGUGGACCUUCAUAUCGAAGCGCGACUCCCGACAAGAAGGGCCACUACUCUGAUGCCGUUCUCUCGUCACUCGAAUCACAAAAUGAUGCAGAGGUAGAGGGUAUCACCGCGAAAGUGAGGAUGCUAAAAGACCUGACUUUUGCGAUUGGCGACGAAAUUCGAGAUACUACUCACAUAGAUGGCCUGGAAAGUUCAUUUGAAAGUACUCGAGUACGCCUCCGCGGGAACAUGAACCGCAUGCUUCGCAUGGCUGAGCGCACUGGCGUUGGCUGGCGGGUAUGGCUCGGGUUCUUCUUUGCUGUCUUCCUCUUGUUCUUCUACGUGUGGAUAUUCUGA